AGUCACACAGGUAAAUACACAGUUACGUCAGCUCUCAGUACCAACAUGGCCAGGGUCACAUCAACACGCGCUUUUCGUUUUCCUUUAUACAUUCUUCUGUGGAUUAAUUUAUAUGAUUUCGUUAAUGGAGCAGGGGGCGCUUGGACUAUCUGGUAUAACCGCUUACCUGACGAGACCGGGGAUGAUCAAAGCUGGGUAACGAUACGGAAGCACGGCUACACAGUAUGUGGGAACGACAAACCUCAAAUGGCAGAAUGCCGAGUUGUUGGAUCAGAUGUGACAUUUACUGAAACCAAUGCCAGAGUUAUUGCCCCUGAUUAUCUGUCGGAGCCGUGCACAAGAAACGGAUUAGUGUGCUAUGACUACGACUCAAAUAACAUGAAAUGUCACGAUUAUGAGGUCCGCUUUUUCUGUCCAUACACAGAUACCGAAAAGGACAGAUCUCCAGAUUAUGGACUGGUGGCAUUAGCAGCAGGAUUGUCAGUGCUUAUCCCCCUUCUCUGUGUCGUAGUUCUUCAAUGUAUACGUCAGAUUCGAGUGAAGAGGGCGCUCCAUUCAAGAACAGCAAGAACCCAGGCAGCACGUGACCAUUUUGGCCAGUUGGAAUCCCAACCUGUAGAUCCGGGCAGUUUUACAGCGCCACCUACCUAUGAAUCGUUAUUUAGUAAUGGACAAAGUUUCCCCGUGGGUACGGGCAGGGAUGCCUUGCUACAAAGCGAAUCAUCAAAUAAUUCUACAAUGGAUUUAUCUCAUGUAAACGAGGGAUUCUCACACGAAGACGCUCAACAAACUGGUAUCUAUCAAAUAUCGUCGGGAACAGUGUAUCCGGCAGAAACUGGACGCCAAGUGACUAAUCUUCGACGGUUUCCCGGCAUGCACUUGUCAAUUGAAGACAUUAUCUUAUUAAAUGGUGGUGACCAGAGAACGCCACCACCUGCAUAUAACGACGCAAUGGUAAUUGAGGGCCCUAUUCCACCGAAAUAUUCAGAUAUACAAAAAGAGCAUGAAACCCCCGUAUCGUAAUGAGCUAAAGAAAAUUAAACACAAGAAUGACACUGUUGUCUCCAAUGACAUUAAGAUGGUUGGCCUAACACCAAUAUGGUCACCAUAUGUGAAGUGUCACCCUGACACCAGAUUCAAAACACUGUUGGAAUUAAGGUAUCCAAACGUCCUUAUGUACAGUGGUACAGUCAAAACACGAGACAAGAACCACAUUGGCAUUCUGAAAGAUGCCCUGGUAUCGUCUGUCUCAUAAAGCCUUACUAAUGCCCCGUGUUAGGCAUCGGUCAUAUUUGUAUUGACUCAUUUGUCUGUAAAAUUCACCAUUUCAUUGACGAUUCAUUAUUUAUUAAUUUUAGAUAGAGCAGAUAAAAUUUGCAUAUAUCUUGUAAUCAUUUAAAAUCAAACCAAACAUACAUUUCAUAAUCAAGUUUAAUAAUCAAGAUACAUUUAUAGUGUUUACAUGGAAGUGUUUUUGUGCGAAUCAAUACUUAUAAUGUAAAUGAGUCGCGAAACACGCAAUGCAAAAACAUUAUGAUAACGCAUAUAAUCUGACAGACUAUCAUAGAAUCUAUCAAAGAUCAGGAAAUCCGGUUAUCAUAUAUAUAUUUACUGCAUAAUGGGGAACCUUUGCCGUUCAAUGUAUCUUAUACCUUCGAUUCGCCUUAAAAAAAGGCCGAAAUAAGUAUAAAGCCACACUUUGCCUUUAAACCUGAAAUAUUUGAUCAUGGAUGACGAUCGUACAACAAAACAAGUAUACAAGGGGAAUCUAGCAAUUGGGCUUAAAGAGGUUUUGUUGAAAGGUGAGACAACGCAGGGCAAAUAUUUCCCCUCUAAAGUACUAUGAAGAUGUAUGUGUAUUCGCAUUGUGUUGAGUUCGUAUUGAUAUUGAGGAAUUUGUUGUUCUUAAUAUUUCACGUGAAUAUCACGACCAAGCUAACGAAUUUGUGGGUGCUGAAUCAAGUAUGUAUGUCAUAAUCAGAGCUAUGAUACUAAUAUGACAAUCCACUAAAUUAGUUCAACAUAUGACUUACUUUUAAAGUUGUUUCUUUUUGUCAAUUGAUUUUUUUUUUCUGUAUUUAUUAUUUAUGUAAUAUCGAUUUCUUCACUCUUGUUACAAGUGAUAUGCUUUUGAAUCUCUGUAUCGAUAGAGAAACAACUUUAAAAGUAGUCCGUUUUUAUCCCUUAUCGCUGAAAUCCCACUUUAUACUUUAAAAUCUAAUCUAUGCUUUAUACAUCUUUACAAUGGUUUGUAUAUUGCCUAUGCACUACAAUGCAGUUUUCGUUGUUAGUGUAUCGGUCAAAUAUACACUAUUAUAUAUAUAUAUUGUAUGUAAGUUACUGCUUACAUUGUGAUUUCGUCAAAUCGUUUUACCAAAAAUAUAUCAUAACGUGAAGUUGAUGAACUAUUAGUCAUUUGGUAAUUAUUGAAAUACAAGAUUUAUCAUGUAAGAUUGCGUAUCAAUUAUUAAAAUACACUAUUUUUGGUAUCUAUGUAUGAAAAAAAACGACGAAUUGUACGCAUACCUUAUUUCAGAUUGGUUCAUUGGCUAAGAAGUUUGAUUACUGAAUUUGUAUCCUUAUUUAUCUGCACAUUUAUUUGGCGUUUUCUACCCUCGCUCUCUGUUUUGAGAUACGUAACACUUUUGUGAAGGAAACAAUGUGUAAAGAAUUUCAGAUUUUGACUUUGAGUGGAGAUAUCUCUCCCGUUUAAAAGUAAAACUGAUUACAAUAAAGUAAUCCCGAGGCGAAUAUUUAACGAUUUUAAACCUAUACUUUGUGUUCACGUGUAUGAGAUAUUGUUUAAGCUAUUGUGUGAAGUAGGUCGGAAUAUCAUUAUCUAAUCACCUCAGCAAUCUUUUCCACUUUCUCUUUGUCUCCUGUACGGCAGGUGUUGCUGCUGGCGAUAGAGAGGAAAGACCUAGGAUGAAUGCUUCACGAUGUUACACUGUAUGUUAUAUACACAUAUAUGUAUAUGUUAGUGAGGUUGUUGUUAAAAGUUGUUAUGAAAAAGGUUAGGAUAUCAUUCUGUGACGACUGUUAUUUUGUUUACAUAUUUCUUGUUGCUUCUACGGCUGUUUACAUUUUUAGUGAUUCAUCAUCGAAUACUCUGGUAGUAAUUUUUAACCGAAGUUCUAUUUUUUUCUCUUUUUUUUUCUCGUUCAAAUAUCAGAAUUUGUCAGAGUCAUGCAUGUGCAUGUACUGGCUUAAUAUGUAGUUUUCUCUUUAAUUAUAUGGAUAUUCAAAAGUUGCUAAUUUAAAGAUUGAUUAAUCUUAUAUGUGACAUUACUAACUAUUUGUAACCCAUGGUUAAGAUAGUGACACUUACCAUUUCUCGACCUAAGUGAGCAAUGUAACGGCGUUCGAUAAGUGCAUUAUAUUACUGUUUAAAAAAUGUACGAAAAUCGCCUUUCCAUCUGACUCACAUAUGUUCCAAAAUAUUAGACUCAUGUGGUGUGUGACGUCAUCUUAUUAUUUAUUACCUUGUGUGACAGCAUAACAUGUGUAUAAGCGUGCGUGUCCAGUGUAUAUAUGUGUGUGGUUGUUUGUUAGCGUUAACUAAGGUGUGAUAUGGCUUAUGACGAUGAUGUGUAAUAAAAUAUAAUUGAAAAUACAAA